AAAAUGUUCUUCCACCAAUAAAAAAAAAAAGGCGCAAAAUUUCCUCCUCCAGUCCUUUUGACCAAAUAAAAUUAAUUUCUUCCUUUCCAAAAAUCACAACUUUUCACUCUCCUUCACCGUUUGAUCUUGAUUUCCUCUCUGUUUUUACCCCAAUUCCUUCUCCAAACAAUCGGAAAGCCAUUGGUCGAUGCCGCCUUCUUCCGCAUUGGAUCGAACGCCGCCUUCCUCGCACGAAUCGAGCGCCGAGGCCAGAUUCUCAGACCUCCGUGGAGUACGAUGGCGCAUCGAUCUCGGCGUCCUGCCAAGCUCUUCUUCUUCUUCCAUCGUUGAUCUCCGCCGGGUCGCUGCAGAUUCUAGGAGAAGAUAUGCCAACUUGAGACGGAGGCUUAUAGUCGAUCCUCACCUCUCAAAGGAUGAUAUCGGCUCUCCCGAUCUUGCCAAGGACAAUCCAUUAUCACAAAGUCCAGAUAGUAUUUGGAGCUGCUAUUUUAGGAAUGCUGAAUUGGAGAAGAUGCUCAAUCAGGAUUUGUCACGGUUGUAUCCUGAUGAGGAAAGCUAUUUCCAGACAACUACAUGCCAGACUAUGUUGAGACGAAUACUUCUUUUGUGGUGCCUUAUUCAUCCAGAAUGUGGAUAUAGGCAAGGAAUGCAUGAACUACUAGCUCCACUUUUGUAUGUUCUUAAUGUUGAUCUCCAGUAUCUUUCACACGUACGUGGACAAUACGAAGACCACUUCAACGAUGAGUUUCAAGGGGUAUCUCUUCCCGAGACUGCCUUGAGUGCCACCUACCGGUUUGAGAGAAUCAUGAACCGGAACAUAGGAACUGAUUUAGAUGGUAGUACACAAGGGAAAACUGUCAAAUUGAGAAGUCUAGAUGAGCUAGAUCCCGAAACAAGGGACAUCUUUUUGAUGAGUGAUGCUUAUGGAGCAGAAGGAGAGUUGGGUAUCAUUUUAUCUGAAAAAUUCAUGGAGCAUGAUGCAUACUGCAUGUUCGAUAUUUUAAUGAAUGACGCCCGCGGUGUGGUUGUGAUGGCAGAAUUCUUCUCUCCCUCUCCCGCCAUUGGGUCCAGUACCGGUUUGCCUCCCAUAAUUGAAGCUGCCUCAGCAAUUUAUCAACUUCUUGCUACCAUUGAUUCAUCUCUUCACAGUCAUCUAGCCGAGCUUGGAGUGGAGCCUCAGUACUUUGCAAUGAGAUGGCUGCGUGUUCUAUUUGGACGAGAAUUUUCACUGGAAGAUCUUUUGAUAAUGUGGGAUGAAAUAUUCUCCUAUUCGAAUAACAUUUGUUUUCCAGAUGAAGUAAAUGAGGCAGAAUUUAGAUGCAGGAUAUUGUGCUCGCCUAGGGGAGCCUUUAUCCUAGCAAUGGCUGUUUCUGUUCUACUUCACUUGAGAUCUUCACUUCUAGCCACCGAUUUCGCAACAGCUUGUCUCCAGAGGUUAUUGAAUAUUCCUGAAGACUUAAAUGUCAAUAAGUUGAUCGAGAAAGCAAAGUCGCUGCAUGUUCUUGCUCUGGACUUGGUUUUCUCUUGCUCUUCUCAGGGAGGAAGCUCUAGGAAUAGCCGCGAAGCUAGACGAGGACAUAGUCAGCUAUCAGACAGCUACUGGGAAGAGAAAUGGAGAUUGAUGUAUGCAGCAGAAGAACUUAAAAAGGGAAAUAGUGCCACUACCACUUCGAGCGACAAGGAAAAGGAAGAAGUAGUUAGAAAAUUAAGUCUAUCGAGGACAGGAUCUGAUCCUUGUCCAAUGGAGAUACCGAACAAAAACAAAAAUGGAGCACCUUCUGAUAAGAAAACUAUUGUAGGCAGUAAUCCUGAGAAAUACCAAAGUAAGUAUCAAUGUGGAGUUCCUGCUGCUUCAGGGAUAGGAACAGAAUCAUAUUUUCAUGAGGAACCGACUUAUCAAAACAUCAAAAGAAAACAAGUAGAUAUCGGUGGCGAAGCAUGUUUUAGUGCUGAGAAUCUGUCAAGAGGCAGCAGUUCCCUUAGAAUGGCCAAUGACCAUGAUUAUGACUCAGAAGAAAGUAGUGUAACAUCAAGUUCAUUGAUUGUUGACGCUUAUGAUGAAAUUAAUGGCGUGGAAGAACCAUGUAGUUACAUUAUUGAUAAGGACGGGAUCACUGAGUGUGUAACCGAAAGAGAAGCAGCAUCUCUAAAGCAGCAGAAACCUCUAGCUGGUGGAUUUCAGUCGUUUCAAAAAUCUGAUAGGGGCUGUUGCCAAGUGCAUGAAACAAUAAAUGACGAUGACAAAAAUAUCGAUGGGACUUUAAGAACUAUCGGAAAGGUCAUGUUUGAUAAAAUACAGAUCAUUGAGUUGGCCUUAAAGAAAGAUCAAGUCCCUGAAAACUCUGGCAAUAGCAGGUCUAAUGUUGAUGAUGAUAUUCGACAACAGCAAAUUGCAGCAUUUGCAGCUCUGGGGGAGCUUCAGAAGAUUAGCAAUUUGUUAUGUGAUAUGUGAAUGUAAUAGCAAAGCUACAUAGAUCCUUAUAUAUGAUUGUCUCAUCUUUUUAUCGAAGUAUAUAGUCCAAAGUAUCACAAUUUGUCAUUUCCUUGGUAUCGAGCCAAAUUGUACAGCUGAUUGAGGUUUUUCCCUCAAUGCUGA